AGCGCUAAGUUGGCGCAGUUCACCAAUCCCUUCUACGUCGAGCUCUCCAUCCUUACUCGACGCUCCUUCACCAACACCUGGCGCAUGCCUGAGAUCUUCUUCAUGCGGCUCGGCACCAUUUUAGUCACCGGAGGCAUCUUCGCCACCUUCUUCUUCCGGCUCGACUUGUCUCCCCGCGGCGUGCAAGAGCGUUUCGGCUUCUUCGCUCUCGCCAUGUCAACCAUAUACUACACCUGCACCGACUCCCUCCCCGUCUUCCUUCAAGAGCUCUACAUCUUCUUCCGCGAGACAGCAUACAACUCCUACCGCCGCUCCUCCUACGUCCUAUCCAACUCCCUCGUCGCCCUCCCCUCUUUCUUCAUUCUGUCCCUCGCCUUUGCUUCCGCUACGUUCACAGGAGUCGGGCUCGCUAACGGCCCCUCGGGCUUCCUCUUCUACUUUCUUAUCAUUCUAGCAUCUUUCUGGGCUGGGAGCGGCUUUGUCUCCUUUCUCUCCGCUAUCGUCUCCCAGCUCAUGCUUGGCUACUUCGCCGUCGUCGCCAUGUUGGGCUACUUCCUCCUCUUCAGCGGUUUCUUCAUCAACCGUAACAGAAUUCCAGACUACUGGAUAUGGUUUCACUACCUGUCGCUGGUGAAGUAUUCAUAUGAGGGGGUUCUGCAAAAUGAAUUUGGGGAAGGUGGAAAGUGUUUUGUUAGAGGAGUGCAGAUAUUUGAUACAACGCCGCUGGGGGAGAUGGCAGAGAGGGUGAAGGAGGGGGUGUUAAUGGCAGCUGGAAGAGC